UAUUCAAUGAAACAAAAAUAGAACUAAGAAAUGGAGAAAAUUUCGUCAAUUUACGAGGCGAAAUAAUACGAAAAAGGCUAAACAACCUAGGUGUAGUAACGCAGGCAGAAUGUUUGAUAACUUCAGGGAUCGUUUGCAAACAGUACAACAUGAUCUGACCCAAGGCUGGAAAUCAAUCGCAGAUAAGGCCAAAGCUGUCAAUAAGAAAAUAGUUAGGCGAACAACAUUCAUCACAGAUGAAGUCAUUGAAAGUGGAGACCAGUGCUUUAGUUGUAAUCUUGAGGCAGGAUCUGAAAUCCUAAGCAAGUUCCAAAGAGAAUGGGCAGAGCUUCAUGAAGCAUCCAGGGAAUGUGCAGAGAAAGGAGAGAGGGCUGAUCAGAGUAUUGCAGAGUUUUCCAAGAAGUGUUCAGAAUUACACACCAACAUGACAAUGUUCCAUGCAGAACUGGCUUUACUACCUGAAGUGAUAAAAAACAUUGAAACAGCCAAGGCAGAUAUAGAUGCCUUUGGUGGACAGAUAGAAGUGUUGGAUAACUUGAUGAUAGACUUGGAAGAGGUUUGUGAACAGCUAGACUUAGAAAGAAGGAAAGCUGCACAAAGACUCAAGCUUUCCAAGCUCAGACAUAACAGAGAAUUUGUAAUAAUAAUUGCUCUUCAAAUUGUCUCAGGGGAGCUUCAAUUAGCUAAGGAAAGGAACGAAGUUAAAAUACAGCAACUGGAGAGACAAGCAUCAAUAGAAAAACGACAAGUCUAUGAAGAUGCCUUUCUUGAACAAAUGAACUACUACAUACAGCAUGGCAGAACAGAAGAACCAAUCAGUUUGGUGCAUGGUCGCAGCAGUGGAUCUCUGGAUGAUAUCAUGUUAGAAGACAACAGUGAUAUGGAUAAGGAGCUAGAUGAUUUCUUUGGCUCAGAAGCUGAGAGAAGUGAUGCACCUGAAGGCAAGGAUAAAGAACAAACAUUUGUUGGACUGUCUUCUGAGGAUGAAGAACUACUCAAUCAGAAGUUACCUGGUGUCAGUACCACCUUCAAUACUGAAAAUGGAGCAGAGAAAAAGGAAAAUAAAGAGGAUCGUGAGCAGCCUUAACAGAGAACAAUGCAUGGAUUUAUGGAUUUAACCUUGAUAACAGCAACUAGAAAUGUAUUUGAAGGAAGAGACAAAAAAGGGCAUCCUUGAUGAGUCCAACCAGUGAUUUGUAGCAGUUUGUGAAUAUAGAUGUUACAAAAAUUAAUACAAUGAAAUUGUUCUGAAGGGAGUGUUGUUGUUACCAGAGUUAGCAGGUACAUGCAUUGUCAAACCUUGAUUAUGGGACCCUAAUUAUCCAUUUUUUUUUUUUACUAUCCUAACAUGCUUCUCUAGUCCCAUUAUCUAUGAACAUUUUUAUUUGUAUUUUGGAAUAUCUGGACUUUUAAGCCCAGUCCUAACAAGUCCAGAUAAUCAAGGUUUGACCAUACGAGUUAAAAUAAUGAUACGACACUCUGUGUUUGAAAAUGGAGCUGUAGACUAUGUUUUGUGGAUUUUACAAAUUUAAAUGAAAGUGUCUAAGAAUAAAUAUUUUCUUAUUUGAAAAGCUAGGGUUAAAAUAAUUCCCUUAAAUGUGUGUGCAAUAGUCAUAGAAAAUACGGUAAGAGAACAAACUAAAAUAUAUCCUGGUUUACUUUGUGUAAGGGAAAGCUUACAGCAGGCAUGCUACAACGAACACAAUUCAUUAUCAGUCUUUACAGCACUUUUUGACUGUCUUUACAAAAAAAUGAAAGUAAUUACAACAGUCCAUCAGAAGAAAGAAAACAUCAAUUUAAAAUAAAAUAAGACAGAUCUACUGUCCUAUGGGUAAGAAAGUACUAGUGAAUAAGUGAGAUCUUGUUUUAGAGCAGUUUUCAGUUGAGUGCAAAAAAGAAAAAAAAAACCAAAGGAAAAAAAAAAAAA